AUGGACGCGAGCACUUCGUCAACGAGCAGGUAUGACAGCAAAGUGAUCAUGGGGACCUUUCAGCGUAUGACCUGGACAUUUGCCUUGACCCAUGCCACCGUGACCACACUGAUGAUGUAUGCAAGCUCAGCUCUGGGACACUUCACUGGAAACUUGUCAAAUGCCUUGUUGUUCUCAGUUAGCCUCACAGCCUCCCUGGCCGUAGCUCCGCUGAUCGUCAGCACUUGUGGCCCGAAACGAGGUCUUCUUGUCGGCCUUGUUGGUUGCACCACCUAUGUGCUCUUCUUCGUUGUGGCAGUGUUCCUCUGUAGUUCAAGUGGAGGAGGCUGCAACUGCGAGAGCAGUGGUGCGAGGGGCUUUGCUUUCGUUGGCGCAGCCUUCGGCGGCCUUGGGGCUGGCAUCCUUUGGCCCAGCCAAGGGGCCUUUUUCUCCGCUGUGGUACAGCUGUUGGCUGAGUCAGGGUCAGCCGCCGGUGGCCAGAGUGGCCCUACGGGCCAGAGCACUCGUGAGGAAGCCUUGAGCCACCUUACCGGCAAGCUGUCGUCCUCCUUUGCUUUCGGUUUGCUGGUGGCAGAGGGCAGCACCAAACUUCUCCUGGCAGUGUUGCUCACAUACACGAAAGUGGAGGUUUGGUCAUCCUGGAUCUUCUUUUCCGCUCUUGUUCUGGCUGUGUUGGCAAUGGUGGCUUUCGCUCUGAGCACGGACAUCUUUCCUGGGUGGACCACUCCGAGGCCCCUCUGCGAGAGGACGCUGGCCGGUCUGCAACUAUGGCGCGAUCCUAAGCUCUGGCUGCUGUCGAUGACCAACUUCGCAUUUGGUUUCUCCGUCGCCUGGGUAAAUGGUUGUGUGAAUGAACGCUGGCAUGAGGCAACUGGCGACCUCAGUUUACUUGGCUUUGCUGGCGCUCUCACAACCGGAGUUGCUGGAGUUGUCUCGAAGCUUUCUGAGAGGCCCCUUGCCUGUGGCAAAGGUCCCAUCCUGGCACUUGGAUCCCUCUCCUUCGUAGGCGUUGGUUUGCUGAGCAAGAUUCCCGAACCAACUGACAGAUUGGGAUGGAGUGCUUGGCUGCUUCUUGCCCAUGUCCUACAUGGGGUUGGUCGAGGAGUCUAUGAAGGCGCCAACAAGGGAAUUUUCGGUGACUUCUAUGGCGGCGAGAAAGCUGUGGGUGCCUUCUCCAAUGUGCUUGUGCAGGUGUCUGCCGCUUCCAUCCUUGGAUAUGCGUUGGCUUCGACCAAGCGGAAGGACUCUGCGUACAGCUUCCUCAUGGUUUCUGCUGUACUGAUGGUACCAUUGUAUCUCCUGGCCGGUCGGUUUCGAUGCCCCAGGACCAUCUCCUCUAAAGACCCGGAGAAGGACUUGGAAAGAGCACCACGUGACGGUUAA